AAAUUUUCAAGUGCUUCUUGUCCAAACUUCUACAUAGGCGGACAAAGCUGAUAUUUGGACAGAAAUAUGCGUAUCCUCGAGGUAGCGAUCGCUCUAUUUUUAGCUCCGUCAGAAGCAUUUACUACAUCAUCAUCGUCGUUGUCGUCGUCGGAUGCGACCUCGCAACAAUUCGAUUCUUUAUUUUCGCCGUUAACAGCCCUCCGUGUCUCAAAACUACGCGACGAGGAAUUUUCCACAGCGAACGACGACGAUAUCAGCGAGCAGGACAAGGCAUUACUUCGGGAAACCAAAAAGUCUGAACUGGUUUCCUUGUGUGACCAAUUCGAUUUAUCUGCUACAGGAACGAAGGAGGAAUUGCUACUUCGUUUGCGAGCCUACGCCAAUUCGAAAGUAGAAAGCGAACGUCAGCGCUUAAAAGAUCGAAAAAGAAGAAUCGAAGAAGGGGGAGAUCAAGAUGACCGAGAAAAGUACGAGGUCAUUAAUGGCGAAGAGGAAGAGGGAGAAGACGAUGACGACGAUGAACCCUUCGUCUACUUUGAGACUAAAGCUCCAAUUCCAUACUUUGAGGAUAAUAGCAUGAAGGUAGACGGUGACAAGACAAAGAAGGAUGAUACCAACAAUAAUGUUUUCGACCAACAACGCAACAAUAAUAAACCCAUUACCCCCGGUAUGCUGACCGCACCCCCUCCCCCACCGGGUGUGGAACCCAAUGAAAAUGGCGAACGAGUCGUGACCGUUUAUUCGACUACUGAUCAGAACGAUUUGACGGGUGUGGCCGCUGCUCAGCCUGGAUCGGCCACUGCCAAUGAUCCUAUGACAGGUCCAGUUGUAGAACCAGAGAACACGCCGUGGGAUUUUGAAAACAACCAAAACAAUCCCAAUGGAAACCAAAAGUCCGAAGCGUCGUCGGAAGAAUUAGAGGCUGCCAAAGAAGAAGUCAUAGAACUAGUGCAAUCUCUGCUGGCAAUGACGGGUGCCCCUGGAUUUGUUCAUAACGAUGGGAGCGAUGACGACAACGAAGUGUUAUCCUCCGUAGGAAUCUUUCGGCAGCAGAAAUCGUCGUCACUCGGCACUUCUUCUUUCGAGGCCCCAGAAGGGUUUGUAGGGUUUGAUCCAACAAAGGUACCAAUAGAUUCUUUGACUAAGGUAUCGAAUAGUCUUCGAAUGGGCCGUGGGUCAGUCCUCCAAGAUGUCUGUCGUGAAUUUGAGUUACGCGCAGUUGGAUACGAUGGGGCGUUUGGGGAUGACGAGAAACGAGGCGGUGGCCAUUAUCGGCAGGUUUCCCUUGUUCGAUCGUUCUUAGAAGGAUAUCGUCGUGCCGAAGUGCGACGAGUGGCCCGUGAGACUGCCACCAUGUUGCUCGAUCGAUUGGUACAAGACGGCAUCGAGGGUUUGGACAAUACAUUAUCAGCUAUGACCCGCGUUGGUGACGACACAACCCGAGAGGCCGGUGAACUUAACGACUCACUAUUAGACUAUCUCAACGAUGCCAUUCGCCAACAAGAACGAAAGGUGGAGCAGAUACUUGAUACCGUUAAGAAGGUCGAGGAAUUAGAAAGAUCUGUGGAAGAGUUUGACGGCGAUCAACUGGAAAACCUCUGGACAGUGGGUGACGAAGACGGCAAAAGGAUCGAGACAUUCGAUCCAAAGGAUCCGAAAAGUAAAAUUGCUCUUCAAGACGAAUAUGAAAAGGAUCACAAAGAACGAUCGUUGAAGCUCAAAAAGGCAAUGUUACCAAAAAGCCCACAAGAAAGGCUUCUUCUCUUGCUUAAGCUCUUGAGAGAACGGGUGAAGAUUGAAGCAGCUUUCUCCCAAGAUGAGAAGGCGAGAAACCUCCGUGUUUUAGCUUACUGCCUGAAUCUAAAUUCCGAUGAGCUAAGGAAGGAACUAAUUGUAAAAGAAUUCGGGUCUUCACUUGACGUAAGUAGGUUGAGGAGAUUCCAAAGAACCAUCCGAUUGAUCUAUCCUUUCUGUUGAGAGGGAACGAAUUUCCUUCUUCUGUUCGCCUUAUAUGAUGAAUGAUGAUUCUUGCAAUUCACUGCUCACAAUGYCUGCUGUUUUUCCCUCAUAACUAACAGAGACUAGAUUCAUUUUCCGAGUUGGUUUCCAGCUCGAUAGAAUACGGGGAAAGCACAGCCCAUCAAGUGCAACCGAAUAAGGUUGUUACUCUUAACAUCCCUCUCUUAGAAAGGAUCCUAGUUGUCACAAAAAAAGUAAUCGAUGAACAAUCUUGGAAAGCGGCUGCCGGAAGGUCGUAGGGGAGUACAUUUUAUAAAUUAGAACUUGAAUG